AUGACGCCUCCGGACGACCCUAUUGCCAACAUUUUGGCUGGAGUGAACAAAAUUAAACACAAGGCGUCCACCAUCAUUAAUGACAAGCUGGGAGACGCCGAAGAGGCCCAGCACCAGGUUGGCACAUGGCUCUUGAACCGCAAAAAGGAUAUCCAGUCCGUUCUGACUCCUGCCAAGCUGGAGCACUUCAGUCCCGGGCCUCCUCCCCCUCCCCCAUCAUACUAUGACAAAAUCACCGGCUUUGUGUCCGCUCACAAACUGGCUGUCGGUCUGGUCACCAUCAGUGCUGUGACCGCCUCCGGAUACUAUAUGUGGAACAACCGAAUUCUGCCCGGAGGACUGUUCGGCAACAAAAAGCAGCCGCGACGAAGAGCAGUGAGAGCUGCCAAUGGAGCACGAACCGAAGUGGUUGUGCUGGCCGGUUCUUUCCUAGAACCUAUCGUGAGAGUGGUUGCUAACGAUCUGGACAAGCGAGGUUUCAUUGUCUAUGUCACUACUACCUCCGAAGCCGAGACCGCACUGAUCGAGAAGGAGAACUCCGCAGACAUCCGGUCCCUCAGUGUCAACACCCAAAAGGCCGACGUCAUCAAGUCAACCAUGAAAGAGUUUGGUACCUUCCUGGCUACUCCCCAGGUGGCGUUCCCUAAUGCCAAGCCCCACGUCUUGAGACUGGCUGGCGUUGUGCUCGUUCCCGACCUCUACUAUCCCUUUGGUCCCAUAGAGCAGAUGCAUCUGGAGUCCUGGAACUCUGUCAUCAACAGUAAGCUUUUGGCUCCUCUGGCUCUGCUGUCCCAGGGUCUGCUGACUCUGGUUCGACAGACCGCCUCCACCCCCAACCCUGCCCGUCUCGUCAUUGUUACCCCUAACAUUACCGCUGCCCUUUCUCCUGCUUACUCUGCUCCUGAGGCCAUGGUUGUCUCCGGUAUCAACGCUCUUGCCACUUCUCUUGACCGAGAGCUUGCUCCUCACGGUAUCAAAACUACACAUAUCCGCCUUGGCUCCUUCGACGUCUCCCACGGCCACUCUCAAUCCAAACAGCUGGCCUCUGCAAUCCAUGCGGAUCUCAUUACCUGGUCUGAAGAUAUGAGAGCUGCCUACUCCAACUACGGAGGAACAAUGGCCUUCCUCUACGGCUGCCGAAGCACACGAGGAUCGUCUCUGAAGAGACUGAAUUUCGCCAUUUACGAUUCUCUGACUGUGCGACGGCCCAAGCGAGUGUGGCAUGUUGGGUUCGGAUCCAGAAUGUACGAGCUGGUUGCUGCCUUCCUGCCAGAGUGCGUGCUGUCGUGGCUCAUGCGAUCCGGAGCUGCUCUUAGAAAACGAUCCUUUGACAAGGAACUGAAUGGUAUGUAA